CAUUCAACAGAUCAAAUGCACGGAAUUGAACGUAGUCAUGGCGCUGUCAACGUUACAAUUUCGGUUCGCGGUUAUAUAUCGUGAAAGUUUUAAACGAAGCUUCUCCGCUCUUCCCUCGUCAGGGACCCUCAUCAAUAGAAACACAAACAAAUCUCUCGAAACAAGCAAUGUCAAUCCACAGAUCCUUCCAAAAACAUUUCCAAGCGGAUAUAACCAACCAAGUGUCUGCCGGCACUUCUCUUCCGACUCGUCGGACAUUUCCAAUCCGCGAAAAAGAAGUCUUCCCCAGUUGAUGGAUUUUCCUGAGAUUGUGUGGCCGUCCGUCCUGAAAACCAUUAAAAACUGGAUUCUAGUCAACUUCAUUAUUCGCCCAUACUUCGAUCGGGAGUUCACCGUUCCAGAUUUUGUGGCUGGCGCUAAGCAGGCAUUGCAGGUUGUUUCCGCAAAACUAGCAGAAGGCGACAUAGCUGUCCUAAAUGGCCUCGUCUCUAGUGAUAUAGUUGCCGAGCUCAAAGCUUCCGUUUCGAAAAUGUCCGUUGCACAGAGGAGUGAGCUCAGAGUAGACAAGGAUGAUAUUUACUUGUCAUUCCCGUACCAGAUUGGGAUAAUGUUCGAUGAAUCAAACGAAAAAAUCCAGAAACGCUGGGUGGAAAUCACGAUGGUGUUUCAUGUGUUACGUGGUCUGAAGGAAAUGCAAGAAAGAGGGCAAUCGCCCCCACUCAAUUUAGGAAUGAUGCCCGAGUAUCGAGACAAAAUGUCUAUUUGCAAUUACCGAUUCAUCAAAGAAUUCACACAAGGCUGCGAAUCGGAUUGGACAAUAAACGUAGCAAAUCAUUUCAAACCUUCAGAUUACAUAAAUGAAUAAGAUUUAAAGGGUGUAAAAGUAAAGUUUCAGAGAGAAUUGUUCAUUUGUUAUUUAAAAAAGUAAAUUUUAUAUAAACUAAAUGAA